AUGCCACCGCGGGCUCGACUUUUUGUUGGGCAGCUAAACUUUGACGCAACCGAAGAUGACAUAUAUGCACUUUUUGAUUUCUACGGGAAAGCCCUUCAUGUCAAUAUACUUCGUGACAAGGAGACACAAAAAAGCAAAGGCAGCGCCUUCGUGGAAUAUGGAAGUACGGAGGAGGCAGAUUGUGCCAUUCUCGCGCUUCACAACCGCUACAAUAUGGAGCGCGAAAAACCGCUUCAAGUGUCUUAUUGUAACAAGUCCGAGUUGAUAUCCGAGUUUGGCAGGGAUCAUGCCUCGAAGUUACACGACGAGAACCCUGCGAACCCCGCCCCACCACAACGUGUUCAACGGUGA